GCCGGAAUUAGUCGGAGAAUAAAUUCCGGGCCAUGGGCCUCGUAUUGAAUGGUUUUGGCGGUUUCCCGUUCUAGACCAACCCACUUUUCGUUUUAUAAAGCGUCAAGUGCGGAUUCGUGUGUUUUUGUUGUUAAAGUUUUACGUCGGAUAUAUGGAAGGCCAUCGUAUGAUGUUUGGUUUAAAAUACAGGUCAUUCAUGCAUGUUUAGACUAGGUUAUUUUGUUUAGUAACAACGGGAUCGAAGUUGGUCUUGUCUAUAAUUUGAAGUUCUUGAAGAUGGCUAACCUUCAAGAAAACUCCAAGUAUUUGUGGUGGGCUCUUUUGUGUCUUGAGUUCAAACCCGAAGCUGCUGUAGCUUCCGCGGGGAUUAGCAAACCUAAUGUCCGUCACGUCAACUUGGGGAUGAAUAUGUUUGAAAAGCCGAACAAGGACGCCUUCUACAUUGUCACUUACUUUUUAUUUGAAAAACUUAAUCCAGGCCGUGCUCACGAGUUAUUCCGGUAUUGUUGGCCGGUCUUGGACCGUAAGGCAGAUGCUGAAUUUCGGAAGGUGACCUUCGCUUGGCUCCGCGAUAUAGCGGCGGAGUACGGGAAUGCUUUCCCUAAAGUCGUGGCGUCCUUGUUCCUUUCCCCAGGAGGACCAAAGUUCAUCAGUCUGAUGUUUCACUUGGCCAAGCACGUCAUGCUGCAGGAAAUGAAGUCCUUUUCUACAGACGGGUGGGUCCCUGAAUCGGUGGCGACUGAAGCUCAGUCUCUGGAAAUGGCGGUGAAGAGGUUUCAGCUGGUGAAGAGAAGGUUUCUCCAGGCGGCUGUGGAGCAGGACUGUGUCAUUCAGAGCUACCAGCGCAAAGCACGGACUCUUGUGAAAUCCCUAAGAGAUCUGAGAGCCGAAGAAGCGAAAUAUGACUACUUACUGAAGAUGUAUGAACAGGAAGACGAACAGCCGAAAAAUAUUCUAAGUGAGAAGAUUAUAAAGGUUAGGUCUUUGUGGACAAGUGUUAACAAGAUCCUAUCCAGCCUGGAGAAGGAGAGGGCAGUUGUGGACAGUGUGGUCAAAGGAGAUGUUGAUCAGUAUGUUCUGGAUGGGACCGAUCGUGUCCUUAAAAUCCCAAGAUGUCUGCUGGAGCAGAUUGAGAAUUCAUGUCAGAUGUCAAGUGCAGGGAAUGUGUACGAAGCAGGCCAGCUCAACGUUCUCCGUUUGCUGGAGCUGCUACGGGAGGCCCUGGUGCUCUUGGAGCAGGAAUGUGCACAGCUGGGAGAUGCUGCCCCAGAGUUCGACCUACAGCACUUGGAGGAGCAGGCCUCGCUCCUAGGCCGAGCCUUGGACGCCCUGCGCCUCACGGGGCGGAAAGUAACUAAGGAGGAGAUCCCAGAAGCAAAGGGAUUCAUUCAGAAUAUGCAGGAGUCGUGGGAUAGAAAGUGGGCUGAGAGCCUUGGUCGGACACCCCUGGAGUUGUUUCUCACUGAGGACCCUGCUUUGAAGUUCCUAUCGCCAAUGGCCCCUCUGUCCUUUGAGCCAGUGAUUGAAGCCGGCUUGACAUCCUGCAUCUUCUCGCAGUACCCAGCAAUGCUUCCUGAUGAAUUGCCUACGCAAAAGCCAGCCAGUCAUGGUCCUACUUCUGCAGGGAACGUGGGCACGAAGGAUCUCGCUCCUGAAAGCUCUUCUGCCACCGCGCCAGCAAACAAGUCAGUGGCUCGUACAGAAUCUUCGAGACCGUCAACCCCCUGCAAGCCAACUUCUAGGUGUUCCACGCCUUGCUGUAAUCCUUCGCCAGCUUCUACGCAGACUAGUGUGCCGAAGCAUGGCAGUGUGAGGAUACCAAGGCCCCGGGUCACUGGUGCUAAGAAAAAGGCCAUGAUUCUGGAUCAGGAAUGUGACAACCUUGCUGACCAGUUUGCAGCAGCUGUCACUGGUAGCUCUGUGGAUAAUGGCAUCAGGAGCCUGGAUCUGGAGGACCUGCUCGGCACCCUUUCGGAUCCCUUCUCCACACGGAAGCAGCUGCCUCGCACCCCAGAGAGCCUCAUCUCUGAAGUGAAGAGCUCCUGGAAAAGGGCAUUGGAGGAGAGCGAAGCGGAGAAGGCCCGUCUCUCUGGGAGGUUUGCGGACUGCACAGGAAGGAGCUCCCCUCCCAGCCAUGAAGCUCCGCAGGCUGCUUGUCCGAGCCUAACUGAAUCCCUUCUUGGUGCAGCGGUGGUGCAGACACCGGAAGCUCCCGUUCAUCGGGCCACAGAGUCCUUGAAUUCCACUUUGCCCUUGGACACUGACUCCGCGGUGACUGCCUACUCCCAGGCUGACGACAGCGAUGUCGUCGUCCAGUUUGGGAUUGUCGGAGAGACCAUGCCUGACCUGCUGGGUGACGAGAGCCUCUGCUCUAGCAAUGGAUCCCUGGAGGACGACUGUGAAGAACUAGCUUUCCCUCAGCUGUUUCCGAACCUCGUUGAUUUUGAGGGGGAUCUGCGGCCUGCUUGCGACAGGCUCAGCAAGAUCCGAGAAGCCUACAGCAACAUGUCUUACCAGGACGACGGGCAGACUCUAGAGCUACACGAGGAGAGUCCAGAGGAGGCAGACUGGAAAGCUGGAGAUAAGGUCUUCUCCCUAGAUUUUGAUGCACUGGAGAGUCCGUCUCCCAGCAAAGGUCGGUGUAGCCUUCCCAAGCUGGUCACAUUCUCUCCUUUGGAUGAUUUUUAGCUCCUUGCUAAGUUUGGCAAUUUACUCACCGCCUCCACUUGUACAUUGACACUUAAUAUCCAUUUUCCUUAAUUUUUUCCAAAGAUUAACCAGUGUGAAAGCAACAGCUUGAAACAUUCUGUUGUACACCCUACAAAGUAGCGUUAAUCAUUUUGACACCUUUUUCGAUGUUUUUGAAAACACAAAAUGUGUAGUUUACCAAUAGAAAACCCAGUCAGUGUUUGAACCAUUUGCCUGCAAACUGACUGAAAUCCUCUGCUAAAGAAAAUGAAAUUAAAUGCUGUAAAUUAUAAUAAAGAUGUAAAUAAAAGUUGACUUGUCCAGUAAAGGUA